AUGGCUGAAGGCGUGGAACAGCGAGUGGUGCUGGGUCACUCUGCCUCGCAGACAGCGAGGGAGAAGGCUCAGAGGUUUCCACCUGUUCUCGUAAUGGCUCACCCGAGCAUGGUGUACCUGGCAGAAAACCUCGUCUCUAGGGUCCACGAGUUGGAGAUGAAGGGAGAAACGGAGCGCUACAGAAGCGUGGAGCUGUGGAACAAUAUUUCUUGGAAGACAUUCAGAGACAAGUGGCCAAACAUCUUUAUAAAGGACGUGGAGGAAAUUGCAGGAAGAGACGUGAUAUUUGUGGCCAGCUUUGACAGCCCAAGUGUCAUCUUUGAGCAGUUGUCUCUCAUCUACUCCCUGCCUCGGUACCUGGUCCGAUCAUUUCGACUCAUCCUCCCUUUCUUCCCGACUGGUACUAUGGAGAGAGUUGACAAAGAAGGCCAAGUGGUCACAGCAAAGACCCUUGCUACCAUGCUAUCUCAGAUCCCCCUGGCCUCGCGAGGACCUGCUCAGAUCAUCAUCUUUGACAUCCACUCUCUCCAAGAAAGGUUCUAUUUCUCCGACCAGGUCAUUCCAAGGCUACUGACUGCCAUGUCUCUGCUGGUGAAGCAGCUGAGGAACAUGGAGGAGGAAGGAAAGAAAGUCAUGGUGGUAUUUCCUGACGAAGGAGCCAGCAAAAGGUUCAAAUCUGAUCUUGAAGACUGGGGUGCCAAUGCCAUCAUCUGUGGGAAAGUCAGAAAUGGAGAUAAACGUGUGGUCGCCAUCAAAGAUGGAGAUCCACGAGGCUGGGAUGUGGUGAUUGUGGAUGAUCUGAUACAAACUGGUGGUACCAUUAUGGAGUGUGCAAAGGUGUUGCAGGAGCGAGGUGCAGCCAGUAUCAGUGUGUUUGUCACUCAUCCUGUCUUCCCUGGAGAUUCCUGGAAAACCUUCUUACCUGGAGAGUCUGAAGUCUUGUUUGCCAAGUUCUGGGUGACUGACUCUCUACCACGUGCCAAGGACCUGGAGGGGAAACCCCCAUUCCAUGUUCUCUCACUGUGUGAUGUCAUCGCAGACUCAUUGCUUAGCUACGACCUCCUCUUCAAAAAUGCCUGACUCUCUUAGCAUUUUCGGUUGCAUGUUCUGUAAAAUAGUUUUUAAUUUCGUUCGUUUGAUGAAUUGUGAGGCUGUGCUGAACAUUGUUUAAAUGAGAUGUGAAAAUGGCAGCACAAGAAGUCCAGCGAACUAUGUCUUUCUUUUCUUCCCACGGCCUCGUGCAGACUCCGCCCCAGUCUCCGCCUUCCUCUUCUGCCCUGUACUCACUCUCUGAGGAGUGACCGUCACCUUGACUUUUGGACCUCUCUUUCGUUGCUUCUUUUCCUCUUCCUCCAGUUCCUGGUUCUCUUUCUCAAUUAGAGUGAUGAGCGUAUUGCACCUUCGCUGGAGCUCCUAACACACAAACACAUGUAAGAAGCUUGGACUUAUCAACACGUUAUGAUACUGGUGGUACUGGUUGAAGUCAGCACAGUGUGACAGAGAGAGGAAAUAGGCAUACCAGAGCUGUCCGAGAUUUGAUA